CGGAGUAAAGGGACUUGAGCGAGCCAGUUGCCGGAUUAUUCUAUUUCCCCUCCCUCUCUCCCACCCCGUGUCUCUUUUCACCCUUCUCCCACCCUCGCUCACGUAGCCAUGGCGGAGCCAUCGGCGGCCACUCAGUCCCCUUCCAUCUCCUCGUCGUACUCGGGAGCCAAGGCGUCCGCGCCCGGCAGCAGCGGAAGCCCAGGAGCCUGCCCUGCCCUGGGGACGAAGAGCUGCAGCUCCUCCUGUGCGGUUCACGAUCUGAUUUUCUGGAGAGAUGUGAAGAAGACUGGGUUUGUCUUUGCCACCACGCUGAUAAUGCUGCUUUCCCUGGCAGCUUUCAGUGUCAUCAGUGUGGUUUCUUACCUCAUCCUGGCUCUUCUCUCUGUCACCAUCAGCUUCAGGAUCUACAAGUCCGUCAUCCAAGCUGUACAGAAGUCAGAAGAAGGCCAUCCACUCAAAUCCUACCUGGACGUAGACAUUACUCUGUCCUCGGAAGCUUUCCAUAAUUACAUGAAUGCUGCCAUGGUGCACAUCAACACGGCCCCGAAACUCAUUAUUUGUCUCUUUCUGGUAGAAGAUCUGGUUGACUCCUUGAAGCUGGCUGUCUUCAUGUGGCUGAUGACCUAUGUUGGUGCUGUUUUUAACGGAAUCACCCUUCUAAUUCUUGCUGAACUGCUCAUUUUCAGUGUCCCGAUUGUCUAUGAGAAGUACAAGACCCAGAUUGAUCACUAUGUUGGCAUCGCCUGAGAUCAGACCAAGUCAAUUGUUGAAAAGAUCCAAGCAAAACUCCCUGGAAUUGCCAAAAAAAAAAUGCAGAAUAAGUACAUGGAAACCAGAAAUGCAACAGUUACUAAAACACCAUUUAAUAGUUAUAACGUCGUUACUUGUACUAUGAAGGAACAUACUCAGUGUCAGCUUGAGCCUGCAUUCCAAGCUUUUUUUUUUAAUUUGGUGUUUUCUCCCAUCCUUUCCCUUUAACCCUCAGUAUCAAGCACAAAAAUUGACGGACUGAUAAAAGAACUAUCUUAGAACUCAGAAGAAGAAAGAAUCAAAUUCAUAGGAUAAGUCAACACCUUAAUGGUGGUAGAGCUUUUACCUGUAGCUUGAAAGGGGAAAGAUUGGAGGUAAAAGAGAAAAUGAAAGAUAGAACACCUCUGGGUCCUUCUAUCCAGUUUUCAGCACUAGUCUUACUCAGCUAUCCAUUAUAGUUUUGCCCUUAAGAAGUAAUGAUUAACUUAUGAAAAAAUUAUUUGGGGACAGGAGUGUAAUACCUUCCUUGGUUUUUUUUUGCAGCCCUCAAAUCCUAUCUUCCUGCCCCACAAUGUGAGCAGCUACUCCUGAUACUCCUUUUCUUUAAUGAUUUAACUUUCAACUUGAUGAAUAACUUAUAAGUGAUAGUGAUAAUUCCUGAUUCCAAGAAUGCCAUCUGAUAGAAAAGAAUAGAAAUGGAAAGUGGGACUGAGAGGGAGUCAGCAGGAAUUCUGCAGUGGCCGUCACUCCCUCUGCCACUAUCCCCAGGGAAGGAAAGGCUCCGCCAUUUGGGAAAGUGGUUUCUACAUCACUGGACAUCAGUUCUAAGCGUUAGUUUGAGAACUCGUUCCCGAAUGUGCUUUCCUCCCUCUCCCCUGCCCACCUCAAGUUUAAUAAAUAUGGUUGUACUUUUCUUAUUAUAAAAUAAAUGUCUGUAACUGCUGUGCACUGCUGUAAACUUGUUAGAGAAAAAAUAACCUGCAUGUGGGCUCCUCAGUUAUUGAGUUAUUGUGAUCCUAUCUCAGUCUGGGGGGGAACAUUCUCAAAAGGUGAAAUACAGAAAGCCUUUUUUUCUUGAUCUUUUCCCAGUUGUUCUUUUCUUGAUCUUUUCCCAAGAUUCAAAUCUCCGAUUCCCAUUUGGGGGCAAGUUUUUUUCUUCACCUUCAAUAUGAAAAUUCAGCGAACUUGAAAGAAAAAUCAUCUGUGAGUUCCUUCAGGUUCUCACUCAUAGUCAUGAUCCUUCAGAGGGAAUAUGCACUGGCGAGUUUAAAGUAAGGGCUAUGAUAUUUGAUGGUCCCAAAGUACGGCAGCUGCAAAAAGUAGUGGAAGGAAAUUGUCUUUCUACGUGUUCUGGGAAAAUUAGUUAGGAAUUUGGAUGGGUAAAAGGUACCCUUGCCUUACUCCAUCUUAUUUUCUUAGCCCCCUUUGAGUGUUUUAACUGGUUUCAUGUCCUAGUAGGAAGUGCAUUCUCCAUCCUCAUCCUCUGCCCUCCCAGGAAGUCAGUGAUUGUCUUUUUGGGCUUCCCCUCCAAAGGACCUUCUGCAGUGGAAGAGCCACAUCCAGUUAUUUUCUUUUGUUGCUGCUGUGUUUAGAUAAUUGAAGAGAUCUUUGUGCCACACAGGAUUUUUUUUUUAAGAAAAACCUACAGAUGAAAAAUUACUAAUGAAACUGUGUGUACGUGUCUGUGCGUGCAACAUAAAAAUACAGUAGCACCUAAGGAGCUUGAAUCUUGGUUCCUGUAAAAUUGCAAAUUGAUGUGGUAUUAAUAAAA